AUGGCCUCCUGGCUGCCAUUGAUCGAUGCAGGCUAUCGGACCGAAGUGCUCUGGCUUGACGGCGACGACACCGAAGACCGCCUGGACGAGCGCCUAGUGGCCGCAGCCUCCGAGCUGGGUUUGCGAGUGCCCUACAUCCAGAUCGCGGCCUCGCUGGCCGCCUCCAUCAAUGCUGGCUGCUUGGAUAUUGUCUCGUCGUCGUCGUCGCUGAGCUCGACCCCGACUCUGUCGCUCAACAAUAUCAACUCACCCGUCAGGUCGAGCGGAGCGUCCGUCGAGCUCCUAGCUGGCUCUUUCUCCGACACCACCCUGUCGGACCACGGCCAUUCCGACAGCAUCCCGUCGAUUGACUCGUUUUCGACCUGCCAAACCUCCAUCAGUUCCUUCGAUGCCAGAGCCUCGCUGCACAAUGAGCGUCAUCCGCGUGUCGGGCACAGCUCGCAGUCGAGCAUUGCGCGAUCAGCCGAGCGAAAGCGGACGAGUUUUAUCAAUGCCAUCGGCAAGUCGUUUCGCAGGCGUCGCACGCCGUCUGGGAUAACCCUGCCCCCGGAUGCGCAAAUAAGUCUGCGGAGGGAAGGCGUGACGAGUACGGUACUCGUUGAAACGAGAUCUGUGAUGCCAGCUCCGACGGCCGUCGAGCCACCCGCUGUGGAAGAGAAAUUGCACGUCGAAGUGCCAGUCUUUGACGAGGCCGCUGUGCAGAGAAGUUUGGAAAAUGAGCAGUUGAAAGACAUGCUCGACAAGCACAAGGCGCAAAGGUCGCGGUUCGUUCACUUACAGAAUGGCCUGUUGGAUACGUUGAAGGAGAAACAUCUCGCCAUUAUUGCAGAGAGAAUAACUGCCAACAAGCAAGAAGAAGCAGAGAAACAGAAGCAGAACAGCGCGCAUACUGCACGAAUGGAAGAGCGUCACCUGGUAAUCGAGAUCGACCAGAUCAAGGAGUUUGACAAGGCCAAGCGAAAUUUGCAAACACGCAUCAAACAUAUGGAAGGCUACUUCCAAACCUCCAGUCCCCCACAGUCACCUAAGUUAGGGUCGGAGUUGAGUCUUGACCUCACACGGUCAGCACGUACCGUAACACGGCGGCAGAAAGAGCAGCUCGCGCAGGAGUAUCUGGACCGAGAGUCAAUGGACCAGCUGCACGAAGCGCGCAUAAAAGUUCUUCGCGAACGCCAGGAGCGGCAGCUGCAGGAGACCAGCGCACGGCUCGAAAAGGAGCUUGAGAAUCUAAUCGCCAAAAAUGCCGAUACUAUCGCAGACCUCGAACGUGACCACCAGAGCGAGGAGCAAGAGCUCCUCCAGGUCUUCGAUACCAAGAAGGCGCGGCUGCGAUGGCGCUGGAAUAUCGAAGAAGCUAUUCUGCGCAAGCAAUUGCAGGACAGGGAUGCAAAGCCAUACGGACCUUUACCGACAAUAUCGUUCAGCAGUCCGAGUGACGACUUGCCGGUUUUGAGAAAUCCAUUCGCCAACCCUUGA